GUAUGGAGUCAGUUUUGUUUAGAAGAAACUGUUGUUAGUCUUUCCCUAUAUAUCCAAAACUCUCAGGUACUACUGUGUUGUUUUACUUCUGUAAAUGCAUUCCCAUGGCGGCCACUUGUAAUUUUCUCUUUUCUUUCUUCUUUUUCUCUCAUUCUAAUAAUCCAUUUUCUCCACCAUGUUGUCACAUUCAUCAACAACAACAACAUCAAGAAUCAGUGUUAUCUCCUUUUUUACUUUUCUUCUUCACUUUCUCUUUUUGUUCACUCACCAUUCUCAUUUUUUCUCUGUACUCUAAACUCACUAAAAAGAAAAUUAACAACAACCAUCAACACGUAAUUAAAGUUCAACAAGACUUGUCUAAUGAUGAACAACUUGUUGAAGAGAUUAAACAACAUCAAUCUGACCCGAACCCGACCCAUUUGACUCAUUCUAUUCUUCUUGAGAUCUUACCUUCUAAUUCACCUGAAUGGGCUAAACUGUUUGCUAAUGACCCGAAUAAGAUUGAAUCGGGUCUUGAUGAGGAAACGGUUAAGGAAAAGGUGAAGAAAAAGAAACGGGUCAAGAAGAAAAGACCCGAUUCGAAUAGUGAAGAAGAAGGGAAAAAAGAUUGUGGGGUUGUCAAGGAAAAAGAGGAGUUGGUUUGUUUAUAUCCUUUUACUAAGUCGUCAAGUGCAACUCAAAGGAAAAUUAAACAACAUUACGAUGAGCUUGUUAAGUCUCAUGAGUCUAAUGGAUUGACUUUGGCUCAGGUUGGUCAAUUUGUUAAUUGUUUGGUUGAAGCAAGGAAUGAGCUACAGCACAAGUCUGAGGUCAUUCAACGAAGAUUCACAAUAACAAAGGCCCUACUCUUUAAGGCUGACAGGUCUUCCUUUGUUCGCCUGCGGCAGCAGAUAUACAAGCUAGAAUUGGAACAGAAGCGAUUGGAAGAGGAUGCUUUUGUAUACAAUUGGCUACAACAACAGCUGAAGCUCUCACCAGCAUACAAGAAGAUGCUUGAAAUUGGUGCUGAUAUGGAAAUAAAAGCAAAAUCCAGUGAACUAGUCGAAAACACAGAUCCUGAAUUGCCCGAUAUUUCCUUUGAAGAGUUAUUAGCACAAGAAAAGAAAGAUGCUUUUUGGCAGAGGAAUGGGAGAAGGAAAAUAUACUCCGGCUGAGGAUUUAUUUUUUAGCUUUAGUUGGUGGAUUUUGACUAAUGGCAGUAUGUACAUCUUGAUACCAAAGUCAUACCUACUACAGGAAUUUUUUUAUUAGGUGCCUGUGCUUGUUGGGUUGAUUUUGGGUCGAAUAAUAGCCAUUAACAUUUUGUGUUAUUUCUAGGUACUCUCCAUGGAAACUAAUGCGCCCUGCAUAUGGUAAAUAUCUGGGUCGUAUGCAGUACUUAUGGCCUUUGAGGGUCUAAUAUAUGCUAACGACAGUUAUAGCU